GGAGAUAAAAGAGAAGAAUUGAGUUGGGAGGGGCCACUUUCGUGUUGAAAUACCUGCAUCUGUCAACUUUGACAGGCUGUAAUGAAUCAUUCUUAUUUGACCAAUUCUAGAAAACUGGCCCUCCACUCUAUGCAUAUUUAGCCAAUCCUGUCUUCUACGUUUAAUGACCCACAGAGAUCUCCGUUUGUUAGUUCUGGCUUCUAAACUUUUUUCCGUCUGUAGCUGCCACUGCUUUUGCUGCUAUACUGUUCAAUCUUUUCUUGAGGAGAAGGUCAAGUGAGAUCAAAUGGAGGGGAGUGCCAAAAAAAGACGCAUCUGUGAAAAUGAUGGAACAGCAGGAGGCGCUUCUUCUACUCACACUUCAACAGAAGGUCAAGGAAUGGCUACUUCAUCAGGACAUGACUAUGAAGUAUUCUUAAGCUUUAGAGGACCAGAUACUCGAGCAGCUUUUACCGAUUUUCUUUACACCAGUCUGGAUGGUGUGGGAAUCCGCACAUUUAAGGACGAUGAAAGCCUCCGCGUUGGGGAACAGUUUGAACCAAAACUUCUCCAAGCAAUUAAUCAGUCGAAGAUCUUAAUACCUAUCUUUUCGAAAGGUUACGCGUCUAGCGUAUGGUGUCUCAAGGAGCUAGCCCAGAUGGUCGAGUGCCAGAAAACUGGAAGACAAACGAUCAUGCCCAUUUUUUAUGAUGUGGCCCCUUCAGAGGUUCGAUACCAAACUGGGGGUUAUGCAGAGGCCCUUCGCUCACAUGAAGAGAAGGAGCGAUUUGGCAAAGAGAUUAUAAGUCAAUGGAAGGCUGCUCUCAGUGCAGUUUCGACAAUAAACGGAUGGAACCUGCACAGCGAGAAGGAGACCAGGCGAGAAGGUGAGUUCGCAAGAAAAGUUACCCAUGAGAUUUUUAGCAAGUUGAAGAAGGCUUAUUUGGAGUUAUCAAAGUGCUUGGUCAGUGUCGACAAACAUGUGGCUGCAAUCAUGGAAAUGAUAGGUGCUCAGACAAGGGAUACACGGAUCAUAGGAAUCUAUGGGAUGGGUGGUAUCGGAAAGACAACUAUUGCCAAAAUCAUCUACAAUCAGCUUUUAGAAAAUUUCGAGGGUUGUUGCUUUUUGUCCAACAUUCGUGAAAUGUCAGAACGCAAAGGCAUCGAAUGCUUGCAGAAUCAGCUCAUCUCUGACAUCCUCAAAAAUAAAUGCACAAAUAUAAGAAACAUUGAUGAUGGGAUUAAGAUCAUCAAAGAUAGGUUGUCUAAUAAAAGAGUCCUCCUGCUUCUCGAUGAUGUGCAUGAAAAGAAACACACGGAUCCACUUGUAGGUGAGCGUGAUUGGUUUGCUAAAGGGAGUAAACUUAUUAUUACUACCAGAAACAAAGAAGUUCUUGAUGUUCUUAAAGUGGACAACUGUUAUGAGCUUAUGGGCAUGGAUCGCAGUCAAUCUCUUCAACUUUUUAGCAAACAUGCCUUCAGAAGAGAUUUCCCUUUGGACAAAUAUAUCGACCAAUCCAACAAGGUGAUAGACAUUGCUAAAGGUCUUCCGCUAGCUCUUGAGGUCAUUGGUUCACUUUUAUCUUACACCGAAGAGAGAAAGUGGAAUGACAUAUUGGAGAAGUUGGAAAAUGUUCCUCACAAAGAAGUUCAACGUAACCUGAAAAUAAGUUAUGAUGCAUUAGAACCUCCAUACAAGCAUAUAUUCCUCGAUAUAGCUUGUCUUUUCAUUGGAUAUAAUAAAAACGUUAUGGUUCAUUUCUGGGAAAAAACUGAUUUUUAUCCGGAAGUAGCUAUGGAUGUUCUACAGAACAUGUCUUUGAUAAAGAUUGAAGAGCAUAAUAGAGUGUGGAUGCAUGACCAACUCAGAGACCUAGGAAGAGAAAUAGUUCGUCAAGAAAGUAACACAAAAAUAGAGAAGCAAAGUAGGGUGUGGGAUCCUAAAAAAGGAUUGGAUUUGCUGAAACGCAGGCGGGGAAAUAAAGAAGUUCAAGCUCUUCGUCUCAAGUUGGACCAUCGGUAUUGCUUUACCUAUGAGGGCUUUGAGAGCCUAUCAGAUCUAAGGUUCCUUGAAAUUGAAGUGGGCAGUUUGAUGGAAAAUUCCCGUGCAGAAGAGAGGCUUCUUUGGCACAAAUCGCCAUCAAAUGUUCCUCUAGCUAAUGAGAAUUCAUAUCUCUUUCCACAAUUACGAUGGCUUUCAUGGCAAUGUAUUCCCCCAACAUUUAACAUUACAAAUUUCUCCAUGGAGGAUGUGGUUAUUCUUGAUCUAUCUUGGAGUGGAAUUACGCAUGAUUGGAAGGGGUGGAGCCACAUGAAGGUGAUGAAGAAUUUGAAAGUCAUGGAUCUGUCCUAUUGCAGUGGCCUAGAGAGAACCCCCAACUUCCUUGCUCUUUCAAAUUUAGAACGUUUGAGCCUAAAUAACUGUGGCCAAUUAGUCAAAAUUGACAAGUCGAUUUGUCAAUUGAAAAGCCUUAAAUACCUAUCUUUGAAUUGUUGCAAAUGUUUGGACGAGCUUCCGCAUACAAUCGGAAAUUUGGAAUUGCUGAUUGAAUUGCAUAUAUCAGGAACGGGGAUUGAAAGACUACCCGAUUCCAUUGGAAACUUGAAAAAUUUGAAAGUAGUGAGGAUGAGACGGAAUCCCACAAAAAAAAUACCCGACACUCUCUGGACGAUUGAGAAGCUCGAAGAAAUAGAUGCCCUAUACCCAAUAGAUUUCGAUGUGGAAAUUGGCGAUGGCAUCUCCAGAAAUCGAUCUCUGAGGAUAUUGAGAUUGGAGCAAGCUGAAAUAAACGCACUACCGAGGCUUCUUCCUGAAAGUCUUAUCAUUCUAGAGCUGUCUGCAUUGCGCAUGCAAACGUUUCCAAAUCUCUCAAACCUGACUAAUUUAAAGGGAUUGAAACUGAUCUUUGUCCCACGUGAUGGUGAGCCUGUGGAAGAAUAUGAGAUGCCACGGUGGAUUGGGAAAUUAAGCAAACUGGAGUCUCUUCUCCUGGCCUCUCCACAAGUGACCGCCUUACCCACAGAGAUUAGUCUCCUUCCUCGACUCCGAAACCUUUACCUCGAUGCCCCUAAUCUGCGUGACCUCCCGAGCCUUCCCUCUAGUUUAUUAUCCUUGGUUUUGAUCUCUGAUCACUUGCCCACCUUACCCACGGAUUGUAGGAGUCUCCUUCCUCGACUCCGAAGUCUUUACAUCCGGUGCCCUAAGCUGGGUUGCCUCCCGAGCCUUCCCUCCAGUUUAUUAUCCUUGGAUUUGCAAGGUUGCAGGUCAUGUUGCUCCACGGGGGAUAUAUCGAAUUUGAAGGAGCUAUCAACUCUUAAGAUUCGUGACUGUGCAAUCUCAGAGAUUCGAGGGCUUGACGGUUUGCAGAACCUAGGCGAAUUGUGGCUUAUGGGACUUCCACUGGUGGAGAUAUUUUUCGAUCUAAGUAAUUCCAACAAACUAAGGCAUAUUGGCGUAGCCCAUUGUAGUGAUCUGGUUGAAAUCCAAGGCAAACUACCACCGACUUUGAUCUUUUUGGCCCUUCAUUCCUGUGGAUCUUUACGGAAUUUGCCAGAUCUGUCAAACUUGAAGAGAGAUGUAGUUAGAAUAGAGGGUUGCGGGAAAUUAGUUGUGGAUGAAAUUCUUCGCUCAACUCGAAGAAGUUAGUCAGAUUGUAGGAGACCGAUACGGAUUAGAGGGAGAAGACAAAUCUGAAGAGCAAAUUGAACAUGGAUCCGAGGGAGAAACGACGAAUCUGAAUGCGAAAUUGAACAUGGAUCCGAAGGAGAAGAUGACGAAUCUGAAAGCGAAAUUGAACAUGGAUCCGAGGAUGAAGACGACGGAUCUGAAUGCGAAACUGAUGGAUGAGUGCACGUUGCUCUUGAAAGCUUCUUGAUCCCCGACCACAAAUCGUUCCCUUAACUUCAAACAAAUUGAGGUAACUUAUUUCAUCUGACAACCCAUGUUUUCCCUUUUCUGCAAUCAAAUUUCUUUCACGGAAAUGAACAGAGAAGUUUCAUAUGCAACUUUCUAAUUACCUUUUCACGAGUUGAUAACUGCAAAAUAUGAUGAAGGUAUUGAUAUUAUGAUACCUCCGCACAACCAGAGGUUCUUAAUUAUGCACAAAUAUACGUUCUCUUUUCCUAGUUUGGUUUGGCUUUGUUUAGCUAUUUUCUCUUUGGAUGUUUUCUCCUUGCUUUUAUGUUUCCCAGCUGGAGGUAUGCAUGUCAAUUGCGUUGUUUUUAUUUGAUAUGUAACAAAUUAUUAGAGAUCCGUGUUGAUUUGUUGCUUCACAUAUUUCGAAGUUGAUAACCUCGCUUCGCUUUGGAGAUGACUUCGUUAUGCUGUAAACAAUUAGAUGGAAUGUGUGCUAGAAGGUUAUGGCACUAUGGUUCUCAUCCUGUAACUGCACAGCAUAAUCAACUCAUCGUUGUGAUUGUGAAGAAGACAGACACUCUGUAUUGAUA